ACAACUACAAUCGUCGUCAUCAUCAACAACAUCACCACCACCUGUUCGUGGGCCGCCGCCUGUGCCCCCUGCUCAUGUGCUGGUGGCGGCGAACCUAAGAGACGUAACACUUGCGCUGCAGGCCUGACCGUGAUGGCCUAUUUGGAGGUGAAGGGCCUCCCCGCCGUCCCUGCGGACUACAGAGUGGUGAUGAUGAAGCUUCAGAAGUACUUCCAGAGCAAGAAGCUGUCGGGUGGCGGGGAAUGCGAAGAGCUGGCGCUGCUGCCCGGUGGCCGGGCACGACUUCGCUUCAAGCAGGAGGGCGUGCUGGAGCGGGUGCUGAAUGUGCAGAAGCACGUUCUGGAGAUCAACCAGCAGCUGUGUGAGCUGGAGGUGAACAUCCACUGCGAUGAAGAAGGCCUCCAGGAGUCUCCUCGGGGAGCAGGAGGCACCACCCAAACUAAAGUCACCAGACACGACAUGGGAAGGCCCGAUGCAACUCAAUUGACUGACCAGCUGAACCGCGCAUCACAGGGGGGAAAGACGAAGGAUCCCGAGGGCAACCCGACCAUUAAAGUCGACAAGGUGGACUUCCUGGAGUCGACCACUGUGGCGAUGUACUUUGAAAGCGAGAGACGAUCUGGAGGAGGAGAGGUCACAAACGUGGAAGAAACGGAACAGUCCUGGGUCAUCACCUUCGCAGAUCCAGCUGUGGCCGGGCGGGUCCUGUCACGCUCCAAGCACACGUUUGCCGAAAAGCUGCUGGUGUGCUCGGAGUUCGUGGAAAAGCCCCGAGUGGAGCACGUGGUCCAAGUGCUGGAGCCUGAUCCACGCAGGGUGCUGCUGCGAGGCUUCGCGCAGCAGGUGGAUAGCAACCUCCUCAACCUCUACGUGGAGACCUGCAGCGGCACCGACGACUUUUACAUCAACUACACCGACGACGACUCCUGCAGAGUGGUAUCGUUCUCCUCCGACACAGACACACAAGCCUUCAUAGGCCGCUGUGGCACGAGGCCCUUAUCCGGUAUGAGUAUCAAGGCGGAGCAGCUGCCGCUCACCAGCCGCGUGCUGCUGGAGGAUCUGCCUGAGGGCGUGAGCAGGGACUACCUGGAGCUCUACCUGGAGAGCAGGAGUGGGCCUGCCGUCAAAGUGAAAGAGGUGGAGUUCAGGGCUGGAUGCAGCGCGGUUGUCGUCCGUCUCCAGAGCAAUGAGGAUGUUGAGAAAGUGUUGAAGAGCGAGCUGCGUUUGAAAGAGAUGAUCGUCACAGCACACCGCUAUUACGAGGCGCAUGGGUUGGCGCUGCUUUCCUGGGAUGAAGGGAGCUUCAAGGCACCUGAGCCUCAGCACCUAAAAGUAGAUCCCGUGCUGAUGGAGUUCAUUACAGCGCGACCAGAGCAAUCUCAGCAGCUGCAAGAGUUUCUGAAUAAUCACAUGGCCACCUUCAAGUGGCCAAGUGGGGCCACGCAGGACGUCAUGAAGGUUUCACCUGCCUUUGCCGAAAGCCAAAAAGCCAAUUUCAUGCUGAAACGCAAAUGGUCAAAAUCCAUCCCAAAUAAGUUUACAAUUUUUUUUGAAAGAUAUAUGCAUUACUCUGAAACCAUCCAUGCGAAUGUAUUUGAUGAACUUGUGGCAAAGCUUUCUACAGGUCAGAAAAAUUGUGUGCAGAUUAUACCGGACAAACAACAAUCUAAGAUAAGCAUAAUCGGUCAGAAAGUGGAUGUAGAACAUGUUGUUAAGGACCUUAAAAAAAUAAAACAAUUACGACGGGGGGAAGUGAAUGUCAAACAAACACUUGUUCAUUUGAUGCCCAACUUUAAAAAGCGUUUGCAGAAUGACUUUCCUGAAGUAGAUUUUCACGUUAAUGUCAAAAAGAGGUUGAUCACCGUGGAAGGCCCAAAGGAUGACUCCUUAGCAGCUGAGAGCAAAAUCCUGCAAAUGAUGCUGCAGUGCAGUGAGAAGCCCUGGUUAAUCUCUGAAGAACUUAAAGCCUUUGUGUUACAACUGAACCGUGAUGCUUUCAUAAAAAACACCUUCAGUCAAAAUGGCAUAGAUGCAUCCAUCUCAGAAAGGGGAAAUGACAUCAUGAUUGUUGGUGCGAGUGAAGAUGAUCUGAGCAAAGCAGAGGAUCUACUGAACAUGACCUUUGUGGAGGUGAGGGUGAAGACAAGGAAUGGGUUUGACAUGAAGCAGAAUGUCAAUGAGUGGAAAGAAUUCCAGGAAGAAUUGAAAGCCUCUCAGGAAUUGAGUGAAAUCAGAAGUGACACAACGUUCCAGAUGAAUUGCAUCAGUGGGAGUGAGAUACUCGUCACUGGCUAUAGAGACAUUAUCCAGCACGUUGCUCAACAAGUAGAGGGAUUCAUGGAUCUUAAUGUUACACUCAAUUGUUUUAUUCCUGUUCAUUAUACGGGUGUUCUGCAAUACCUGGAGAAAUUUGUGGAUAUAACUAGCAUUCUGCCAAGAGGAACGACAUUUAAAAUAGACUACAAACAGAGAGGCUUUACCAUUACCACAAAAAAAAAAGAUGUAGAUGGAGUUAUAGAACUGAUAGUAGAUAUUUCCCAAAGCAUAACCUCCUGUGAGAGAACCAUUCGAAAGCCAGGCACUGCCAAAUCUCUGUAUGCACGAGGUAAAAUGUUGUUUGGGGUGUUGGAGUGGGAACAUACGUGCAUAAUCCUCAUCGAUCAGCCCAGGGACCAACAGGAAGAAGAAUCUCAGCAAAAUGCAGCUCCUCAAACCUCCAGGCAUGGAAUAACUGGAUGUGACGAGGCCCUGCAGUCAUAUUUCGUUGAGCGUGAACUGCAGCAGCAAGAUGAUUUCUCUGCCCUGGCAAACGAUGGCGUGACGCCGUUGAGCAUCCAGGUUUACUCAACCUCAGCCGAGACCAACAAAAAGGUCCUCGAUGAAAUCGAAGAAAAGCUCACCACCGAAGGAUGCCCAAAUACAAUAGAUGAUAAAGCAAUCGCAGAGUUUUUUCACACGGAGCGAGACGCAAUACGUUCCCUCCAGGAUAAAUACCAAGUACGAAUUAUUUUCACUGCACAAGACAAGAUCAGUGUCCAAGGCAGCGACAGCAGUGUGAGGCAAGCUUCGGCUGAGCUCUACGCCAUGGUGAAUGAUGCAAAAGAACGGAGGAGAAACUUUGUGCAGGAUGAACUGCUCGCGCACGAAAUGCAGUUGAUGUUCUUUCUCGAUGACCACGGGCUGUCCAGGCCAUCGCUUUAGAAUUCAGGAUUUUAUCAUUUCGCUGAAGAAACCAGGACUGAGGUUUCCGUGGGAGAGCAGACAGCUCGAGGGUUUCGUCAAUAUCGCUGAACACGUUGAGAAAACCAAGUGUGAGAAAACCAAGUGUGGAAAAACUCACCCCAUGAUAAAAAAAAGGUGGCCCCUAGUAAGUGACCACCAGUGAGGGCCGUGUAUGUCUAAGGGAGUGCAGUAGAGAGGGCUUACACAGAGGGCCCUUGUAUUCUACAUUUUCCCAUAUAUUUUCCAAAAGGAUAUCUCGGAGGUAAUGCACCCCAGUAAUUUUUAACCUGGCUAUAACGUUCAUAACAAUGGCAUUUAAUGCUGUAAAUAACUUUUGCAAGAAAGUCUUUGGUUGUAGAUCCUUUAACAAUCUUAACUGGUACACAUUUUAGGCAAGUUUUUUAACUAAUUAUUUCGCAAGACUCCAAAAAUGUCAGUGACAUUUUGUCUGUAGUCCCCCGCCUCCCAAACGAGGCUCUCGUCAACCUCACACUCUGCCCCUGAAGACGAAGGCCUGAAAUGCGACGGAAAUUCGACUGGUUGGCAUCUGUGGUGUGUGGCAGUUUGAGUCUGCUGCCAAGUAAUCGAAGACAGCAGCAAACCUCAAGCAAACAAACGUGCCCUUUAUUGUAAAUAUGGUAUGUUAACACAAGUGAUUCUAGCGAAACCCUAUUAAGGCUGGUAUGACACAUAAGAUGGUUAGUAUCGCACACAUCAGGCACACAAGAUAAUGAUGCCUAAUAGAGCUGUAUCUGUAUGACUGGGUUGUCAGGUGCUGACAGCAAUAGCUCAUUGUGGGGGAUAUGUGGGUAUAGCACUCUACAGCAGGUUUCUUUCGCCUCAACGGUGCUGUUUAUACACUUGUGGUUGAACAUAAACCGGCCAAAGGGCCGCAGGAGUCGUUGUCAGCGUUGAAGACGCAAAGGCUCAUCAGAGGGCCGGGCUAGCAGCACGCAGGGCCAGGAGCAAGGAUUGAUCGUGGAGAUGAGUGAAGGGGCCACAUGAAUGGCCAGGAGAUUCGAAGGGAAAGGAUGCCAGAAAGAAACGGAUAGGGGUGGAGAAGGGGAUUGGUGAAAGUGGGAACUUAAACUAAACUAUAAACUAACAUUUUUGAUUUUACCCGGUAAGGCCCACUGAGCUAUUUAGUUGUUUUUCAGAAGCGACCUGGCCACAAAUGAUAGCUCAAUGAAGUGGCUUAUGUGGAAAUGUAUAGCAGCCAAAUAUGGAGUCUAAACUUCAGCGGAGGUGAGAGAUUCUAGAAUCUAGAUGGUUCGAGAGGGAGAAGAGGAUUAUAUGAUGCGAGCAUGGGGCUCUUGUGGGGAUGAUGUAUAUAUGUAUGUUGAACUUUCACACCGUACGUAGCCAACCGUGCUAAUUGCACGUAGUGUUAAAGACUGGAACAAUAAAGUACCUCUUAAUGAAAAAAAAACCGUGUGGACCUCCACGCACUUCAUCAUGCACUCAAACAGGACCCUGCGGGGUGGGCUGGUAGGAAUAAUACUUAGUACCGGUACAGGGAUAUCGACCGGGUAUAGAGGAGUUAAAGGAAAAUUACUGUAUUCUAGUGUAACGUUAAUUAAAAGUGUUUGUUUUGACAAGAAACGCUGUGAGAUUUAAAGACUCGUAGUCUUUCAUUUCCAAACGAUCACAUCUGAGAUUAAUUGACCUUAGAUGGGGAAACUCGAAUGCAUUUACUAGUAUAAAGCCUGCCGCACUAGGCCUCGCGAAGCCUGCUGCACUAGGCCUCGCGAAGCCUUCUCUGCAGUAGACUUAGCGAAGCCUUCUGCACUAGGCCUCGCGAAGCCUCUGCAGUAGGCCUCGCGAAGCCGCGCUUUGCGUGCACAAAUAAGGCGAUUAAAUGUAUCUCGUCUCUGUGUUAAUAAGCCUCCCGCACUAGGCCUCGC